AUGAUGGCUGAAUCAACCAUGAACUCCAAAAAUGUCAGACUUGAGAAGCUCCAGAAGUCGCUUGAUCAAUUGCUGCAGAACGCCAGGAUCUCCCACCUAGGUCUCCUGCGCUUCCUUGGUUACUCUCUUGAUGAGCCCAAUGCCCGUUAUGCCUUCCUCUACCAAAUGCCUGUCGAUUAUUUCCCCUUCCUGCAAAACCCUAGCGAUCUUCUCAAGGAGCUCAAGCCAGUGCCUCUUGUUGCCAUGCUUCCUUCGGCAGAAGAUUAUCGCGAAAAGCGGAUGCCGAACCUCGAGACUCGGUUCCGUCUUGCUUAUGAUCUUUUGAUGUCUGCUUUGCAUCUCAGAAGUCAGAAUGCUGUGCAUGGCAACAUUAACAGCAGCAACGUCAUCUUCUUCCCCGGUCGCACAGACGCGACCAACGAGGAGGGCGGCCUCUCGCCUGACCUUCGUCGUGCUUAUUUGACCUCUCCAGCUCGCUUCUCGGGCGAUGGUCCCACGCCGGAACCCAUAUCUACCGCAAUGUAUCGCCAUCCUGAAGACAAGAGAGUUGUCGAGGAGGACUCCGCCUGGGCGUAUGAUCUUUACUCUUUGGGUCUUGUCUUGCUUGAGAUUGGGUUGUGGGCACCGAUUGGGCGGCUUUGGAAGAUGAAGUAUGAUCGCACAUGGUUUAAGCACCGCGUGGAGGAUUUAUACAUCAAAAAGCUUGGCGCCAAGUGCGGUACUGCAUAUAUGCAAGCGGUGCAGCUGUGCCUCGAUGCACCCAAUUUCCACCUAUCCACACAACCUAUGACAGAUCUCUCACUUCGCGUGCCUCAGAUUUAUCAUUACCCCGUUCUUGAUUUGUCUGAUCCGGAUGGCACAUUUUCCUUCUCAAUGAACUUCAUGUACACGAUCUGCAAGAUCUUGUGGGCAUGCAGUAGUAUCGACAUCUUCAACCCUCCCUCGGCGGAAGAAUUAGACGACUGUCUGCCGCUCGCUCUGGUUCCAACUCCCGAGCCAACGCCCGCAGAGGAGAAGCCUGACCCAUACAUUGCUGCGCGUCUACCGAGCAAUUUGGAUAAGCAGCUCCCCUCGAUCCCAAGAGCAUGGGGCGUGAUGGCAGAAGAGAAGAGCAUGGACAAACCCGCCAAGAAACGCACUGUCAAGCGCAUCCCCAACAUUGAAAUCCCCGACGAGCAUCUUCAGGAAUGGAAUUUUCAAAUGAUGCCACAACUGAGCCGACUUCUCCAGAAGAUCCUCAAGGACUCGUCGGAAUCGUGUGGAGCUUCUCUUAUAAUGACUGGCGAGUCACCUGAAACUGCACGGACGACUAUCUGCGUAACCUGCGCUAGCGUCAAGAAGGUUCGAUCCGCCCUGAAGAAGCACUUUGUUCUGGGUCGGGACGAUUGGGAUCUCAUCGUAAUCCGCGGCGAUAUUGAGCGGUCCAAAGUCCCCCGCAACACGCGCCGCAAGCCUGCCAAGACUCGUCCGAAUGGAUCCAAUCAAACACCCUUUCGCCAGCGAGAAUUGAACCCCUGCUAUCAGCAACGGCCCCUAUGCGGUGCAUCGAUUGGUGCUUUCCAGAAUGAGGAGCACUUACCCCCUGUUUCUUAUGGUGGUGCCGUCCUCGUGGAUGGCUUACCCUACGGAUUGACGGUUCAUCAUAUGUUGGAGGCCCCCAGUGAUGAUGAAGAUUCUGGAACUCAAGAGCAAGACGUUCCCUCUCGAUCAGCAGGCAACUACCCUAGGGACACUACAAACAUUCCCAAUCAAAACCUCAUCCCUACAUACGGCGAGGAUGCUCAUUCUGACGCCAAUCUCGAUUUGGAGGUCUCAGAUACUGAGGACGGCGAUGACACAUCAAUAUCGCAAGGUGAUGGCGAAGACGAAUACUGGCUUUCUGAUGAAGACUCCUCCGAUGAUGAUUCUAUUGACGGCGAUGAUAACGACGAUGACGAUGCUGCCUCUAUCGGCGAUACUGCGGGUAUUGAACCCGGUGAAGAGCCGCGACUACUGGUCACCCAACCAGCCAUUGACGAUGUACAUGAUGAUUUUUUUCCGGCGCCCGAGGACCGUGAUGACGAGCAUCUUGCCUCGCAUUCCCUAGGCUAUGUUCAUGCCUCAUCCGGUGUGCGACGGUGGACACGGAAAGGUAUCAAGCACGAGAUUGAUUGGGCUCUCAUCAAAGUUGAUGAAGCCCGCAUGGAUCCCCGCAACAUCAUUAUUGAGGCCAGCUCGGCCUCGCCUGUGCGACCUGGCAUGGGACGAGCCGCUCCACCGCAACCCAUCUUUCUCAACCAAGUGGCUCGAAUGGAGGAAAUGGGCGGAUUAAAUGUCCACUGUUGCGGCCGCACAAGUGGGCUACAAACCGGCCAAAUAUCUAAAGCUCUGACAAUAGUCAAGCUUCAUGGCCGACACUCAUUUUCCACAAGCUUUUGUGUCAACGGGAACUUUGGAGCUCCCGGCGACUCGGGCGCAUGGGUAUUCGAUAGGUCCACCGGUCGCGUCUGUGGCCACGUUCUGGCAUGGUCUGAAAAGAGCAACACGACCUACAUCUCGCCGAUGGAGGUCACAUUCGAAGACAUUGCCCGCACUCUCAACGCUUCCUCGUCUCCCUUCCCGGCGACCCAUCUCGCUCAAUGGGCUACGCCGGCCCUACCUCCCAACCUCCGGGCCAGUACCGCUAUCAUACCCAGCAACUGCCGGGCGACUUUGACCGUCUAA